UGAAAAAACCGAACCCCUUUUUGUUUUCUUUUCUCUCUUUGCUUGCGCCUACAAACAUGAAAAUCCAUUCCCUGAUUAUUAUUGUUUGCACCUUUUCUCUGCCGCCUCUCUCUCUCCUGAUUCCAUGCUUCCCCAAACUUUGAUUAGAUUUUAAGCAUUCAAAAGUUGAAAUUGAAAUCCAAAAAAUGAAUCUUUCUUCUUUAAAGUAUGAAAAUCUACACACAAGUUGAACCUUGAAUACUACCACAUCCAAAAAGGGUGAAACAUUGCUUGUUCUUUUCCAACAUUGGUGGUCUCUAUCCCUUCCAAGCUUGGUCCUCCUAAUACUAAAAUAGUAACAUCUGUUAAUGCAUUUUGGUCAGGAUUAAAAUCAGGCAAGAUUUUCUCUAUGGGAGAAGCACCCACACACAUUCCUCAAAGCCUGCAGAAUGGAAGACAUUUCGAAACAGCUACUACCAUUGGUGAUAAAACGUAUGUCAUUGGUGGAGCUGAUGGUGAAACUCUGUCCAUUGAAGUUCGAAUUAUCGACAAAUGUCUUGGACAGUGGAUUAAUCCCUUUGUUCUUGGCACCAAACCCAUGUCAUGUGGAGGCCACUCAGCAGUGUUUUUGAAAGACCGAAUACUAAUUGUUAAGAAGAAUUCUAAGCCAGAUGAUCAUACAUGGUUUCUGGAGAUAGACACCCCAUAUGUGAGGCUGCAGAAAAAAGUUGUGGGGAGUGAGGUUGUUGCAUGGAGUAAGGGUGUGGUAGGAAAUGCUGAAAAGCCUGUUGUUAUUAGUGGUCCUUCUGGAGUAGGUAAAGGAACAUUGAUAUCAAUGCUCAUGAAGGAAUUCCCAUCUAUGUUUGGUUUCUCUGUGAGCCACACUACCCGUGCCCCAAGAGGCAUGGAGAAAGAUGGGGUCCAUUACCAUUUUACUGAGAAGAUUGUUAUGGAAAAAGAUAUUAAAGAUGGAAAGUUUCUUGAGUUUGCUUCUGUGCAUGGUAAUCUCUAUGGGACCAGUGUUGAGGCUGUUGAACUGGUAUCCGAUGCAGGGAAAAGAUGUAUGCUUGACAUUGAUGUUCAAGGGGCUAGAUCUGUGAGAGCUAGUUCUCUUGAAGCCGUAUUCAUCUUCAUCUGCCCCCCAUCAAUGGAAGAACUGGAGAAGCGUCUUCGUGACAGAGGAACAGAAACAGAAGAACAGGUCCUAAAGCGGUUGCGAAAUGCGCAGACUGAGAUUGAGCAAGGGAAAUCAUCAGGGAUAUUUGAUUUCAUCUUAUACAAUGACAAACUUGAGGAGUGUUAUGAGAGUCUGAAGAAAUUACUGGGACUUGAUGGCGGUGUCACUCCUACACCCAAGUCAGCACCAAGCGUGAUCAAUCUCCCAAAGGAUCAUUCAGUGUCCAAAAUUGAUGACAAAAUCAUCAUAAACUGCAUGUCUCCAAAGAAUUUGAUCAUGUUAGAUGUGUCCUCACUUAAAGGGGGUGCACCUGGACGGACAAGAGGGCUAGAUUUUCGAGCCAUUGACUCAUUUUCAGACGGAUGCUAACAUGUUUGGAUUCAAAUUCAGAUAUUCCAAAAUUAAUUCUGCUACGACAAAAACUACUAGCAGUAGCUUCUCCUAGAAUCAAUUUUUCUUCCAACGUGAAAAUCUACGGUGUACCCAAUGAGAUAGAUCAACUUAGACAUUCAAUGAACUUGGCUAACAUACUUUCUUUUAAAAAUGAGACAGGAUGAGGUGCUAGGUUAA